AUGAGGAAGCACAUCAGCCAGCAGCGCCGCAAGAGCUCGCAUACGACCGGUGGUGGCGAAGGUGCUACACGUAGUACUCCCAACAACUCCAAGGACGACCAGAGGCCUAUCAAGCGGUGGUUCCAUCUUCCUGCGAACAACGUCGCGUGGGUGAUGGACCUCGUGCAGCGGAUCUGCGCGGUGGACGGGCGGCCUGAUGCAGAGUGUAACCGGAUUAUUACCUUCAUCGAGGAGACGUUUCAGGAGAUUCGGAUUAGUGCGCCGUAUCGGAAGCCGCAUUUUCGGAUGGAAGCUGCUACUGCUGCUGCUGCGGGGGCGACGACGGAUGGGAGUGGUGGGAAUGGGAUGCCGGAGGUGAGUCUUGGGCCGGAGACGCCGCCGUCUGGAUCGGUGGUCCCGACGCCGCCGCCCAGAUCGCAAAUGUUCUCCCUGGUACUUCCCGUCAUUGACGUCGAUCUUGACGAGGGCACGAAGAGGAGUCUUCAGGAUGUACACAUUGGCGAUGAGGCCAAGCUAUUCCGACCUAUGGAAAUGGUAGGUGGCGGCGUGGUAGCUCUACCGGCUGCUGCUGCAGGGAGUGAUAGGAGAGUGCCGCCGGUCCAGAGACCGCAUCCUCUCAGCGCGAUGCCGACAAAUCUGCAGCACUACCUCUUCCCUCACCUGGCGCACUUUGACGCCAUGGCCAAGAUGCGCGCGACGUUUACGAAAUCUGAGCUUCACGUUCCGAGAUCGCUGGAUCAGUCUUACCACGAGAGUCUCAGCGCAAGCGACCUUGCGCUGCGGAACGAAAGCCAGGUGUUAUUCCGGUAUCUUCGGCGCGUGGAGGGACGACUAGCUGCUACAGCUGCGUCUGCGGCAGGCACCACGACAAUGGGGACUACGGCAGCGGGAUCGACUGCAGGUGACACGAUUGCAGAGGAUGUUAUGGGGAAGCAACCUCUCACAGAAGAUGGAAUCGCGUCGACGAGGGUGCAGAAGACGCAGCAGCAGCACCAGCAGAGCCCGUUUGAUCGGCAUGCGCAGAGGGCGUAUUCGAGGCAGAGCAGCUCCAAGCAGAAGAAGACGGACGGGACGAAAGCGGAGCUGGGGAGGAUGGCGGGGAGGCAGGACCAGGCUAGUAGUGUGCAGGCCAAGAUUUCGAGGGAGAAGAGGAGGAUGGAUACGGAGAGAAGGAAGCAGAUUUUGGUUGUUGCGCAGCUUUGGAUUUGGAGGAUUGAUGAGCACACCAUCAUCACCGCGUUCCCUGAUCGGUGGGAUAACAAGAACGCCAAGACGCUGUUAAACCAGAUCAAGCACCGCGUGCUGGGUGCCAGGGACAUGCGGUCCGAAAAUACGGACAUGAUGCGCGUCGUGGAGAGUAUUCUCGAGAGCGCAGUGGGAUACAGCGAGGAGGAGUUCCACUUCCAGUUCGAGGGGCCGAGGAGCUAUUGCAACAUCUUUGCGGCGUCCAUCGCUCAUGUUUCCAACGAGGCAAUGAAGCGCUACGCCAACUUCAAAGCCUCCAUCAGCAAAAUGGGCACAUCAAAGACGGUCCUCGACGACCUCCGCGCUGAGAUCGAGCUUCUGCAGGAGAUUGAUGACGUCCGUGAGGAGAUUAACAUGAUUAAGCGGGUUCUUCGAUCGCAGGAGCGGGUAUUUGACGGGUUCCGCGAGGCGGAGGCGGAGCGGAUUGGAAGUUCAUGCGGUGGAGUCGGAGUCGGGGAGAAGCAAGGUGUCGUUAAGCCGUAUAAGCACCCGACGUUGGAUUUCUUCAAGAGGUUGGAAGAGGAUGCGAAUCGGGUUCGGGAUUCGAUUACGACGUUGUUGGAUUUGAGGCAGAGGGAGGCUAAUAUCGAGGAGGCUCUAUCUGCGAGCGAGCAGUCGAAGAUUCUGUUCAUCUUCACUGGAGCGACGGUCGUGUUUGCUCCGUUGUCUUGGGCAACAGGCAUCUUUGACAUUUCCAUCGAGGGCGUACCAUCACCAAUCAGCGCCGGAACCCUCAUACUCACAUGUGUCCUAAGUCUAGUCGCAACCCUGCUCCUCAUUGCCCUCUCCCUUCAAAUCUAUGAAUUCAUCACAACAGGCAAAGCAAAGCACCUCUACCGGCGCGUCUCCAACUUCUUCGAAGCCCACAAGCUGGAGAAGCUGGCGGCCGCGAACCAGAGCAAGUCACCGCCCUCAUCUCUGGGCGCGUCGACCCAACUUAGCAGGUUGAGGAGGUCGUCUCUCUCGCAGCCUGUGGCUAGUACGACGGCCAACGAGAAAAAGAAGAUGCAGAGUGUGAGGAGGCGGCUUGCUGCGUUGCGGCCGAGGAGAGGGCUCAGGGGUGUUGGACGCGAUGAGGAGAGGGAGGUUACGGGGAAGCAGGCUUGA